GGGCAGCGGGCACCUCCCGCGGAUAACAAUCUCAAGCUGAUGUAUUUGCUACGUUUGGAAGCUGUCCAGCCACCAGCCCCUUAGCUGCUCUGCUUGCCGAUACUGAAGAUUCAGGGAUUUUUGUUGAUUUAGGCUGUUCAAAAUGAACGAACAUCCUAAAAAGAGGAAAAGGAAGACUCUACACCCUUCUCGAUAUUCAGAUUCUUCAGGUGCAAGCAAAUACAUAGACAACAGUGGAAUAUUCUCAGACCACUGCUAUAGCGUCUGUUUUAUGAAACAGCCAGAUAUAAAGUAUUCUGAAAACAGAGGUAGAUUCCACAACCCCGUGCAGAGCCUCGACACGGACGAUGAUGGGAGCCCAGUGCACGCCGGCACCUCGCACUGGAGCGGGUCCCAUUCAAACGUCGUGGGGUUGCACUACUCAGAGCCUAAAAAGAAGGAUAAAGGUAGAGAUAAAGGUACUAAUAACGGGAUGUGCAGGGACUUGUGCGAUUCGCCUAUAUUCAGUGACAGCCCUACGGAAGAGGAGAAACCCCUCGAUAUUCAAACUGUAGAAAUCUCCACGACAGAAGUGAACGCCGUGGAAGUUCACGAUAUAGAGACACAGACCGUGUCACCCGAGAAGCUGGAAGCUGAGGACCUAGAGGAAAUCCCUCUGGAAACCUGUAAAAUCUUUGAGAAGAACCAGGCGCUGAAUAUCACGGCUCAACAGAAAUGGCCUUUGCUGAGAGCCAACAGCAGCGGCUUGUACAAGUGUGAGCUCUGUGAGUUUAAUAGCAAGUAUUUUUCUGAUUUAAAGCAGCACAUGAUCCUGAAGCACAAGACGUGCGCGGACACCCACGUCUGCAAAGUUUGUAAGGAGAGCUUCUCCAGCAAAGUGCAGCUCAUCGAACACGUCAAACUCCACGAGGAGGAUCCCUACAUCUGUAAAUACUGCGAUUACAAGACGGUGAUAUUCGAGAACCUGAGCCAGCACAUAGCAGACACUCACUUCAACGACCACCUCUACUGGUGCGAGCAGUGUGACAUGCAGUUCUCCUCCAGCAGCGAGCUGUACCUGCACUUCCAGGAGCACAGCUGCGACGAGCAGUACCUCUGCCAGUUCUGCGAGCACGAAACCAACGACCCCGAAGAUCUGCACAGCCACGUGGUGAACGAACACGCCUGUCGGCUGAUCGAGCUGAGCGACAGCUACCACAGCAAGGAGCGAGGGCAGUACAGCCUCAUCAACAAAAUCACUUUUGACAAGUGCAAAAACUUCUUUGUGUGCCAAGUGUGCGGCUUCCGGAGCAGGCUGCACACCAACGUCAACAGGCACGUGGCCAUCGAACACACCAAAAUAUUCCCCCACGUUUGCGAUGACUGUGGGAAGGGCUUUUCAGGUAUGUUGGAGUAUUGCAAGCAUUUGAGCUCUCAUUUAUCUGAAGGGAUUUAUUUGUGUCAAUACUGUGAAUAUUCGACAGGACAGAUCGAAGACCUUAAAACUCAUUUGGAUUUCAGGCACUCGGCAGACUUGCCUCACAAAUGUACCGAUUGCUUAAUGAGGUUUGGAAAUGAGAAAGAUCUUUUAAGUCAUCUUCAGAUACAUGAGACGGCUUGAUUACUUUCCCUGUCAUCGAUUUGUUAGAAUUGGAAUUGAUUUCCAGUCACUAAAAUGUGAUAUUAAAUACGAUUUUCACAGCAAUUACACAAUUCUAAUGUUUUUCUCUUUAUAUCAGCAAAGCAUGUGUAAGAGCUUGGUGGUGUGAAUUUCCUGACCUAGGGGUUUCCAGAGGAAUAAUCACAUUUACAGUGUGAUGGGUCAGAUUUCGGGGGGAGGGACGGGGGGAGUAGUUGCAUGUUGUGAUAGCAGUUCUCACGGUCAUCCCAAGCUUUCACACCUGAUGUAGGAGAGCAGCUCUGGAGCUGAAAAAGGGGGGAAAAAAGCCCACAUCUAGGUCCAUGCUUAAGUAAUGCCACGGUGAUCUCAGCCACGUAUCCAGCCCCCAUUACCCAUCUGGCAGCAGGUCCUUGUGCUGAUGUUUAGCAAAUUGCACCAGCAAAGAUAAGGAUGUUCCCAAAAAUUUCCCAGGCAUGGACCUCUGCAAAUUCAUAUACCAGCCUGUGUUCCCCACCUCACACUUUUGAUAAGCUUUUAAAAUUGUCCUGUUUUUCUCUUGGAGUACCUUAUCACACUUCAUCAUCCUGUUUCUUUGUUGAGUGUUUAAUUUCAGCUCCUGUCUGUGGGACUGUCCAACAGCCCUCUCCUCCACGCAUUUACUACAGGCCUCCCACCUGAUUUUUGUCUCCUUUAUUUGCCUUCGGUUCCUAUCUUUUAAUGCACCAAGGAAAUCACUUUGCUUGUGUGUAGAUUAUCUUUUAAGAAGUAAUUGUAAGGGAAUUUGCAGGGUGAUCCAGCUGAGAACGUACAAAGGCUGUGACUUCCAUAUCUAAAACCCUGAUUUAGCUCUCGCUGAAAUGAUGAAUGUCACCAACCUCAUUUAGAGCAAGCUUCUAUGAGUUUAUAUUAUUCUGUAUAUUUAUAACUACCUUUCCACGGCUAGUAAUUUGAGGAGUUAUUUUAAUUGUCUAAAUUUUAAACUUCUCCUGUAUACUGGCUUAAAUCACUGAUACAGUACUAAACUUUUAUUAUCUUUAUCACUUUCAAAUGGUUUCACGCAUCUCUUCAGAUUAGAUAGCACUGUCCUGCCAUCACAAUCUUUAAAAGUGAAUUUUUAUGAUUCCUUCUAUAUUUCUGAACGGAUCCUUGGACAGAUAAAAGGGUGAGGCCAUUUAGAUGGUGAUAAUUAUCAGGCUGAAAUCACCUGAAAAUUAGUGGUGGAGUUUACAUUUCUUUCUGCAUUGAUUGUAAAUUUGUAAUGUAAGAUUGUCUAAUGCAAGCUUUGUAUAGAUAAAAUCAACAUAUGAAACAUUUCUUGAUGGCUGAGAUUUGGUGUUACCAUCUUCAAGGGUCUUUGCAUUUGAUUGUUAAAGCCAAGGACUAGUUAGCGUGUGUUUCUUUGUAGGAGGCAAGACCAUUUUUUGUCAUUUGGAAAUGCUGAUUUAUUACUAAAUCUUGUGUGUAGUCACUGAGGAGGGCAACCUGAUGGUGUCCCAAAUGCAUUUUAUUAGUCUGUUGUAUAGAGAAUGAAUGUCUGUAGUAGAAUUGCUGGUUUCCUAUUUUGAACACAUUCAUCCUGGCUGGCUAAAAACGGUAGUAAUGGUAUCAUUAACAAAGCACUAAAAAGAAUUAUGUUAUAAUUUCCUGAGAGGGGGGCUGCUGGUUUUCUUAAAGCCCUGCUCUUGGUGAUGACACCCAGGUGGAACAGCGCAGCUGAGCUCUGGAGACAAAGCUGUUCCAGAGGACAAGUGACAAGAAGUGGAAAAAACAUUUUAAAACCCCCAAAAAAUAAGUAAGCGGGCUUAAGAAGUGUGUAUGUUUGUAGAGAACAGCAUUGUCUCCUGUACAGGAAAGGUUGGUCUCUUGCAAAAGUACAGAGCCCUUUGAUACAAAAAACUUGCUCCUUGACUCCUGAAAAGCUUUGUCUCACUUUGACUUGUGUUAUUUCUGAUCUCUAAACCAGGGAUGAAAAUACCCCAUAAGAAUGUUAUGAAGCCAAAUAAUUCCUAACCAAAAUGCACCCCACAGCAUCAAAUGAGGAAUAUAUACAAGUGUAGCUUAGGUUGGAUUUUAUAAAUAAGGGACUAAUGUUAAUGUAAGCUUUUCAACGUGUAUCAAAGUCAAUGGAAAUGUAUAGGAGUAGCUGGUCUGACUUUGCCUUAGCAGGAACACAAGCAGGAUAUUGGCUUCCACAUGCUAAAACAAGAAAGAUAUUAAGUAGUAGAAAAAAUUGGCAGCGAGUGGAGUCUGCCUAGAAGCUGGAAGGCUGCAAGGAAUGACCACACACCUCAAGGACAGCGUGUUGUUCCCCUGGAAGGGAAGAGUUGGGUUUAUUUCUGUGGAGCGUGUGAGGGGAAGGUCAGUGCUGGGACAUGGCUGAACCCAGGUGAACCCAGAGCACGUGGAUGCAGCCAGAGCCUUGGGUCGGCUUUAACCCUGUCGCUGGAGCACUUCAGCCUCUGGAGCCAGAGAAAGGAACUGGAGACAUCGGAAAUUUGCCAAUAUUAUUUUUUUUUUCUCUGAGACAAUAAGCGUAUCAAGCUCAAAUUACUCAUUACACACAUCUGCAAAGUUCAUCGGCUUCAGGAACACUAUUCUAACUAAAAGCUAUACAAAAUCGUGAGAUGGGUUGGGGAAGUAUUUUGUGUUUGGGAAGUAUUUUGUAUUUCGGAAGUAAUUUGUAUUUUAUUCCUCGCUUUUCAGACUUUUCAAGCCUUCAGGUUAGAUGUGUGUUGUGUAUUUCAUCUUUCUGGAUCAUGUUACUGAACAAAAGAAUUUUUAUAUGAAAGACGGUGUUGACUUCAAAAUUUAAAUCCUACUAAUCACUGCAGGAACUUGAACUGUAGUGAGUUGGUGGUGUGUUCUCUGUAAUAUAAUGCUUAUUCAGUGUCCUUGAUUCUCAUUGUUUGUGGUUGUCCUCAUCUUCCUCCACUCUUUCACGGUGCUGUAUCGAAUGUAUAAACUACCGGUGCUUUUUGAACUCCUUGGCAGCCCUUGGCGUUUGUUGUUUUAAGCGGACUCUGAUUAAAAGCUCGGUGCUGA